GGAAUACGAAUAGCAGAACACGUGUGUUGCUUUGGGUUUGACGCAUGUUUGACGGCAAUCUUGCAAAUUGUGAAAAAUAAAUAACGCAUUAUUGUGUUAUAAAGGGUUGAUAAAAACGAAAAAUCGAAGAUGUUGAGAAGACAAGCCCGACUAAGGCGGGAAUACCUCUAUCGAAAGUCAGUACAGGACAAAAUGAAGACGAUCCAGGACAAGAAAGAGAGGUUAAAACAUAGCCUAGAAGAGAAUACUCCGAUCCACCACGACCUGAGGAAGAACGCGUUGCAUUUGCAGAAAAAAAUCGAGUGGGAAGAUGCGGGCCCCGCAAUGGCAGCAGCGAUCGGUACGGAGAUGGGAGGAGCAAUCGGCACGCACGAGGACGACGAAUACCGAUGGGCAGGAGUCGAGGACCCAAAAAUAGUUAUAACGACAUCGCGAGACCCCAGCUCGAGGCUGAAAAUGUUCGUCAAAGAGCUCAGACUGAUUUUUCCGAACUCCCAAAGGAUGAAUCGUGGUAACUAUGAAAUGAAACAGCUAAUUCAUGCGUGUCGUGCCAAUGAUGUCACCGACUUUAUCAUGGUACACGAGCAUAGAGGGAUUCCAGACACCCUGGUUGUCUGCCAUCUGCCCUAUGGACCUACAGCCUAUUUCACCAUGUCAGACGUCGUCAUGCGCCACGAUAUUCCAGACAUUGGAACAAUGUCUGAACAGUAUCCGCAUUUGAUAUUUCACAACUUUAAAACUAAAUUGGGACAGAGGACUGUCAGUAUAUUAAAGCAUUUAUUUCCUGUACCUAAGGAGGACAGCAAAAGGAUAAUCACUUUUGCUAAUCAUGACGACUAUAUUUCAUUCCGUCAUCACAAUUACAAAAAAAUCAAUGGCAAGGAUAUUGAAAUGUCCGAAGUCGGUCCUAGAUUUCAACUCAAAUUGUACGAAAUAAAGUUGGGCACAUUAGACAAUGCUGCUGCUGCUGAUUCGGAAUGGGCCUUGCGACCUUACAUGAAUACUACUCAUAAAAGACGGUUUCUAUCUGAAGAAGAUGGGUGGCAACAGGAAGAUGACUUUUAGAUGGACUUUAAGUCAGACAUGUGGUGUUUUAUAAAUAAA